GUGGUUCGGGGGGGAGUGGACUAACCUGCUCCAAGUUUAUUUUCUUUCUUUUUUUUUUUGGAUCUGCCCACUUCUGCUUGACAUGUUUGCGUAAAAACAUCGCACCUCGGUUCCUUAUUUAUGAUGACAUGAGGUGCACGUUUUUUUCGUUUUGGUUUGUUUUGUUUUUUCUUCUCCAAGCUCGGCACUGGAUGUGACUUUAGGAUGAAGAAGGAGGAUGAAGUUGAGUAGCUCCGGCAGCCGUCGCUCUGAUAUGAGAUACUCGACCUGCAUCUGCAACGUUGGCUGACAUCCUCAGAUCACAGUGGAUCAGACGCAUUCAUUCUGUGUGGACACACGCCAGAGAGCAAGAUGAGCCGCCUCUAUGACUUUUUAAAUUGCACCUAAGAGAGAGAGGGGGAUCUCUUUUUUUCCCUUUACCCUGCUACUACUGCAGGGAGCGACGCUUUCUGCCUUCAGCUGCCUGAACGAGUUGGGAUCUUGCAUCUAAGUGGAUACUUUGGAAGACAAAGACAGCAGAGUUCUUCCACUGUUUCCAUAACCUCAAAGCGUACAAAAGAACGAUUUAAAAAUGAAGAAGUUUCGGAAGGUGUUGGAUGGUUUGACCACCUCCUCUCCCGGAGGGACUAUAGGAUCUCCAUCGUGCGGCAGCGCCGCCGGGACUCCCACCGCGGCGCCAACUCCCAGAGAGAUCGACGUCCAGGAGACACUAGUGUCGGAAAACUUUCAGCUGUGUAAGACGGUGCGUCAUGGAUUCCCUUACCAGCCCACUGCUUUGGCCUUUGACCCUGUGCAGAAGAUCCUGGCCAUCGGCUCGAGAUCAGGCGGCGUACGAAUCUUGGGACGACCUGGGGUGGACUGCUACUGUCAGCAUGAGAGCGGAGCAGCUGUUCUUCAACUGCAGUUUCUCAUCAAUGAGGGGGCGCUGGUCACAGCCUGUGCAGAUGAUACGCUGCACUUGUGGAAUCUGCGCCAGAGGCGGCCGGCUGUCCUGCAUUCACUCAAAUUCAACAGAGAGAGGAUUACGUUUUGCCACCUGCCGUUUCAGAGUAAAUGGCUGUAUGUGGGGACGGAGCGUGGAAACACACACAUUGUCAACAUCGAAUCCUUUAUUUUGUCCGGAUACGUCAUCAUGUGGAACAAGGCCAUAGAACUAUCAACUAAAACUCACCCUGGACCUGUAGUUCAUUUGAGCGACAGCCCAAAGGAUGAAGGCAAGCUGCUUAUAGGGUUUGAGAGUGGAACGAUUGUACAGUGGGACCUUCGGGCCAAGAAGGCUGACUUCAGAAUCUAUUAUGAUGAGGCCAUCCAUUCAGUCAGCUGGCAUCAUGAAGGGAAACAGUUCAUGUGCAGUCACUCAGAUGGCAGCCUGACACUAUGGAACCUCAGAAACACCACCAGGCCAUUCCAGGUCACCUUCCCUCAUGGAAAGAUACAGAAGGAUGGCAGGAAGGAAUCAUGUAAACCCAUACUCAAAGUGGAGUACAAGACCUCAAGAAGCAGCGAGCCUUUUGUUAUCUUCUCUGGGGGUCUUUCAUAUGACAAAGCAGGACGACGGCCAACAUUAACCAUCAUGCACGGCAAGGCCAUCACUGUGCUGGAGAUGGACUAUCCUAUUGUAGAGUUCAUGGUGCUCUGCGAGACACCUUACAACAAUGAAGUACAGGAGCCUUAUGCGGUGGUGGUGCUUUUGGAGAAGGACUUAAUCGUGGUGGAUCUGACACAGAGCAACUUCCCUGUCUUUGAGAACCCGUACCCCAUGGAUAUCCAUGAGUCUCCAGUUACCUGCACAGCCUAUUUUGCAGACUGUCCACCAGACAUUAUCCCCAUCCUCUACUCUAUAGGAGCUAAACACAAGAAGACUGGCUAUAGUCAAAAGGAAUGGCCAAUUAGUGGAGGAACGUGGACAUUAGGCUCCCACACCUACCCAGAGAUCAUCAUUACAGGACAUGCUGAUGGAUCAAUUAAGUUUUGGGAUGCAUCUGCAAUCACACUGCAGAUGUUGUACAAGCUGAAGACCUCCAAAGUGUUUGAGAAGCCAAAGCCGGGUGAAGGUCGGGCUGCCGAGUUGGUAGAAGAAGACCCUUUUGCUGUUCAGAUGGUCAGCUGGUGUCCUCAGAGUCGCAUCUUCUGUGUGGUUGGCAUCUCAGCUCACAUCAUCCUGUAUCGCUUCAGCAAAUAUGAUGCCAACACUCAGAUAGUGUCACUUGAGGUACGCUUGCAGUGUGAGUCAGAGGAUGUCAUCUCCCCAUCAGAGAAUGAAAACAAUCCCUGCUUCUCAGAGCAAGGCUCCCACUCACCCCAGCCACACCACCAACACCCAGCUAGUCCUGGCAACAGGACACCGGAGGGUAUCAAAGACAGCAUUCCUUGCCUCAAGGUGAAGGACCGGGUUGUUCGGGUUCCACCUGGCUACCAGUCAGAGUUGGUUAUCCAGCUGCUGUGGGUAGAUGGAGAACCUCCACAACAGAUUACCAGUUUGGACAUCAACUCUGCCUAUGGCCUCUUGGCGUUUGGGAACUGUAAUGGCGUAGCGGUAGUCGACUACUUGCAGAAAACCAUACUGUUGUGUAUGUCGACACUGGAUCUGUACGGGGCCGCCGACCCUUACCAGCGCCUUACCCGUUCCCCCCGCAGGAACAGACAGUCCACCUCAGAGUUUUGCAUGCGUGGCCUGUCUAACUUUUAUUCAGACUCAAAGAAAAGGAUCCGUACAUCCUAUCAGAGCCUUACUGAACUCACUGACAACCAGCAGUCCAUUGACAUGGAGAGAAGCAAGUCGCCCACUUCAGUCUAUGUCUGUUCUGUUGGAUCUCCUGUUCCAGUUCAUUAUCCAACCUCCCUUCACAAUGACCCACGCAUCCUGCCAGAGCCUGUGGCCAGUCUGAGAGCCAGCCACUGCAGUCCAGUCUUUUACUUACUGGACAAUGUAAAGGGACCCGGCAGAAAGUUAAGUCUGCCAACAGAUCUUAAGACCGAUCUUGAUCAUGUCAAUGGACAUUGCACUAGCCCCACCUCCCAGCCCUGCUCGGCGGGGAAGCCUCGCAUUCCGAUGGGUCCUGAGGGGCCACGGCUUACCCGCAGAGGCCCUGGCCGACCACCCUUCCGCAAGGCCCAGUCCGCUGCUUGCAUGGAGAUCUCUUUGCCUGUGUCCCACACUGAAGUAGGGCAUGCAUCCAGGAGGGCAAUGCUUCAGCAGUUACACGGAGUCACUAUGUACUCCCAUGACGAGCACCACACCACCGCCUCCUACUGCUGGAGUGAGAGAGAGAGUCGUGAAAACUCCUUCAGCCGCUCACGCAGUUCCAGUGUGUCCAGCAUUGACCGGGACACCAAAGAGGCCGUCACCACGCUGCAGUUUGGAGAGUCCUACGGACGCAAGAGUGAUGCCCUGCCCACCCCAUGUCUGUGGGUGGGCACUAGCUUAGGUGUGGUCCUGCUCAUCCCCAUGUCAAUUCCCACCGACCAGGAGGAGAGGAUGGAGGAACCGGUUACCAUUGGUCCUAGCGGAGCGGUCCUCAUGCUGAAGAGCUCUGUGUUGCGCUUUGCCUUCUUGGACCUCGUGGGAGCUCUCAUUCAGAGUCCCUACGAGGUUUGGCGAGACCUCAACGCCCCCGAGGACCCUGACCGACCGCGAAGGCGCAAGUUGGUCCACUUCUCACCAUCAUCUUCCCAAGACGCCUGCGGAGACGGGCAUUUGGCAGUGGUUUGCUCUGAGAGGCAGGCCAAAGUUUUCUUAAUGCCCUCGCAGUCUUGCCUUUUUGUCCACAACAUCACAGAGUCGUCCUUCGUACUGCGGGCCGAUGUGGUGUCUGUGUGUAACAGUGUGUGCCUCGCCUGCUUCUGUGCCAACGGACACGUCAUGACGCUCAGUUUGCCCAGCUUAAGACCACUGAUGGAUGUUAAUUACCUGCCUCUGACAGACAUGCGCAUUGCAAGAACCUUCUGCUUCACCAACGGGGGGCAGGCACUAUAUCUCAGCUCCCCCACAGAGAUCCAGAGAAUCACAUACAGCCAGGAGAUGUGUGACAACCUGCAGGAAAUGCUGGGAGAGCUAUUUACACCAAUAGAAACACCGGAAGCCCAGAACAGAGGAUUUUUGAAGGGCUUCUUUGGAGGAAAUGCCCACACCUUCGACAGAGAAGAGCUUUUUGGCGAGGCAGCAGCUGGUAAGGCUUCUCGGAGUCUGGCGCAGCACAUCCCUGGGCAGGGAGGGGUGGAGGGCAUGAAGGUUGCAGCGAGCGGAGCGGUGGGCGAGCUGGCACGGGCUCGUAUCGCUCUGGAUGAGAGAGGCCAGCGGCUGGGGGAGCUGGAGGAACGAACCGCCCUGAUGAUGACCAGUGCAGAGACCUUCUCCAAACACGCUCAUGAGCUGAUGCUGAAGUGCAAGGACAAGAAGUGGUACCAGUUCUAAUAGCAGGACGGAGGGCUGAAGCUGCCCUUGGGCUGCUGGGAACUUUAUGCCGCAACGGGACUUUCACUUAAAAAAUGAAAGCAAUUAACAGAGAGACACAGGAGUGACUUUGUCUUUAUGGCUUCUGACUGUACAGCACUGUCACAUUGCUGAAUGAUGAGGACGGGCGAGUCUCUCGUCUAGACAGGCAAUGAUAAGGACAGAGGGAGAAUGGCGGCAUUUGAAAGUCUGAAGAUGGAACUGGAAAAAUCCGACAUGUUUGCGUGUGUGUGUGUGCGUGUGUGUGUGUGUGUGUGUGUGUGUGUGUGUGUGUGUGCGUGUGUGCGUGUGUGCGUGCGUGCGUGCGUGCGUGCGUGCGUGUAUGUGUGUGUGUGUGUGAGUGGCUGUUUGUCUGAGUGUGCGCUUGUGUGUUUGGGUUUUCUGGACCUUACUGUGUAGAUACUCAAAAGUUAAGAAACCAACAAGAAAUGCAUGAACCAACAAUGGAUGACUAUUAAAAAUAUACAACUGCCAUAUUAAAAAGCAGCAUGCUACUUUAACAGGAGAUUCAAAAAUAAUAAAAAAAGUUUUAUUUAUGAUGUAAGCCAACAACAGAAACUAGGAAAAACUUUAUAUUUUUUGAGAUAUUGACAAAAACUAUAUAUAAAAAGGGAAAUGUAUACCUGCAUUGCUAUUAAGCCAAAAUUUGUGUUACUUUCCCUUUUUUAUUUUUACUUUUUAGUUGCCUUUAUUUUCUUUCUUAGUCUCAGCAAAUAUUACUUGAUACAAUAUAAAUGCACAGUUAACUUUCUCUUCACACACUUAGAAUAAUGCUAAAACUUUGUUCUUACUUCAAUUACUCUGGGCUGCACAGUGCAAAUAUAAAUCAGUAAUAUUAACACUUUAACUCUGCACAGUCUAAUCACACUGACCUAUUUUCACUUUUCGGCUGCUGCUGCUACUUACAAAAGCAUUAAAUGAUGAUGAGGGAUAUCUCGCUCCCCAACUGCAGUUGUAUGAAAACAGAGAUUGGAGAGAUUGGAGAGAUUGGCGUGAGAUGUAAGCCAAUGCUGAGAGAGAUACAGGCAGAUUCUGAACAGUGUGUUUAUAUCUAUAGUAUAAACCUGUGUACUAUUCAUGUGCCAUAAAAAAAACAAGAUGGAUGAAUCCACUCACUGCAAACUAACUAAUAAAGAGCUAAUAAGUGGUAGUCAUCACAGUUUCCCUGUUAAUCACAACAGGUGAGACAUAACACUUGGAGGUGGUCGUAGAGGGCGUACAUCAAAGUUAAACAAGUCAGUUUUCUUUAUGAAAAGGAAAAUAUGAGGGUGUUUUUAUUUACUUUACUUGAUUGUCACUGGAUCACCAUUUGAGUCUUUAGCUGCCUUUGUCAGAUGUACGAGUUUAGUGAGCCAUUAGGUCGUGUGUGUGUGUGUGAGUGAGAGUGAGAGAAAGAGUGCCACAAAUGUUCAGUCGGACUCUUUCUCUGCCAAAGCAAUCAAAAAUGAAUGACACCCUCCCAUCUCUCUCCACCUCAGUCUUGUGGUUUGUGCAUUUUCAGCGUUAAACCCGAGCAGUCCUCUUUUCAUAAUGACAGACGAUACUCAUAAUGACUGUCACUGUCUGUGUGACGGGAGAAUGAAGAGGAGUUGGAAUCACAUCUGUUUAAUUGCUACCGACUCCCUUAUGAGUUGUUUAAUGGUUCAGGAGAAGUAACAGUAUUUUUUUCUUAGUGAUGUUCAGAUGUUGAGUCAGUGAAGAAACUAUGUACAUGUGUAAAACAUUUGCGACAAUUUCAACUGAAGGCAAAUAUGGUCUUUUUCUUUCAAUAUUGUUCUUGAUGACUAUGAUAUCCUUGUGUCGCAGUCCUAUAUUUGAUGGUAAUGGCCUCUUAACUGAAGGCUCUUGUAUUUUAAAAUCAGCAAAUGUUUCAUGAUACAUGGUUGUGUAUCAUAUUGUGAUUGUGUUGUAUGUCAGUGGGUAGCCACACAACACGGACAAACAGCAUUAAGUGAGGAGGAUGUUUUGUACUUGUGUAUUUGUCUGUAAUUUGAACUGAUCUGAAAAAUCAAAUGGAGGCUUAUUGAAAUCCAUCUCUCACACAUUAGGCCUUUAUGCACCUGAGCAUCAACACACAUGAAGUACUGCACCUUGAUCAUGUUGACAUUGCUCCCGCAUAAAUAGGCACAGCGACACACGCGAAGCUUAAAAGAAUUACAGACACAAGUGAGUCUGCAUUGCUAGUCAUUUCUGCCUGCUUUCUGUCAGGCUGCUGAGACAUUCCUUAGGCUUGAACAUCCUUCAAACCCAUUUAUUUUAACUCAGUUCACCUGAAAUCCUAAAGCCGAGCCACGUGGAAUUCAGGAAUUACACAUGAUUUGAUUCAAUAGGGUGUCUUAAACAUGUCAAAAUAGUAGUAAUGAUACAUUUCUCUCCUAUCUCUGUACCGUCAAUGAGAUUUGUGUUCAGUGCAGUUCUUUCAAAGGCAGAGAAAACACACAAAAAAGAAAACAAAAAACAAAACCAAAAUAAAAUUUUAAAAAAUCUGACUUCUGCUGACAGGGUGUUUUGUUAGUAUGUUUUUGGUUUGUAUGUUUUCAGUUUUUAUAUUAACUGUACAGUUCAAUCUUGGGUGAACGGUGAAACAAAAAAUGAUAAAAGAUAUUCUUGGGAUAUUUUCUCUGUAUAUGUUGUACCUGUUACUGCUGGUACUGUAUCUGGUAUUCUGGCUCUGUCUAAAUCACUGGAACUAUGUAGUUCUUCACGCUGUAGUAUGCUGAAAAGGCAUUUAUUUGGUUUUCUCAAUGAUGGCAGCAAAGUUUGUCUUAUUUAAAUGGAUUCUACCACUUUUUGUUCUUCUUGAUAUUAUACUAGUGUAAUAGAAAUUACUUGACAAAAAAGAUCUGAAAAUAUGUUGAUGCAAAAGCAAACUGAAAUAAACAUUGAUUGAUGUA